AUGAUCAAACAGCAUGAAAUGCCGCCGUCGAGCGGAUCAGGAGUUUUCCCUCCAAGGCGACCAGAGCAAGAACUUUGUAGCAUUGAGCCGAAGAGCAGUCAAACUGUGAGGCAGCCAAGUGAAAACGAGCUUUCCGGGUUUGUUUCAAAGCUUUCAACUGCUUCAGCAGGUAUACAUGACUGCAGCCUCGACGGCCCAGUCACACUUCCUCGGUCUAUGGGGAGCAACUUGGCGAAUUUAAGCCUAAUACCCUGGAAUGGAGUCGCGAUUCCAUUAGAUGGAAGCUUAACUAUUCAAGAUUGCGAAGCGUAUAACGAGUGUAAAGCACCAUCUGAUCUGUUUUACCUUAAUGACGACAGCGACAUCGACACGUUCACGCCUCAGGAGGUGCUUCAGGCCACUCGUCUAAUUCGUAUGCUGAAACAGUCAAUCAAAGACACUCCUGAGGAGCAUACUUCUGAUUAUUUCGGGAAUCCUAGAUCCCCGAAGAGAAGCGAUGGCUUGGGCUUGGAGCAGAGCCAGCUACAAGAAGAGCAGUGGACGCAGGGAGAGUUCGAAGCACUAAAAUCUGCAAUGAAGCACCCACGAAAAGCAGAAGAAUUGUGGCCACAAGACCCUAGACCUAGCUGCGAAGUAUCAAAUGAGCCAAGUCAACAAAGCUACUCUCUUCCAAGUCAGACAGCAGCUAUCAGCUCUCAAUCUUUUUCGAACAGAUGUUCGACGGAAUCUGCAGGAAAAAAAGCAAGUAUACACCGUACUUUGGACUUAGAGCAGCCACAGUCUGCUCCUCGCUAUCCCCAGGCCGUAGCUAGCAUUCCUCAGCCACAGCUAGACAGACCUGAGGCCCAGGAGUUUUUAGCUAGCCGGGGAUCAUUUGAACGAGUGGAAAAUCUACCGCUAGGUGCAUUCCUGCCAACCGCGCCAGGGAGCUUUCCAAGUGGGUCGAAUCCCAAUGAAGACGAACAGCAAGAAAUACAAGAAGUCAGUAUUGAUAACACAAGAAAAUGCUACUCUGCUGUUUUUCAGUGUCCAUACUGUCACCGGACAUUCGCCAGAAGAUCUUUCCAGAAGCAUGUAUUUUUUACACGUAGGAAGCAGUACGACAUGACCAGAAAACGCCUGGCCAGCGUUGUAGAGGAGACGGGCCUCCCUGUAAAUUCCACCUUACGGAAGCUCAGGGUCGAACGCGCAGCAUCAAAACAACUGGAAAAGCCGACAGAAAGAAAGUGGAAGCGUGAAAGCGCGCAGUUUCGAGCGGCGAUGAGGAUGGCCAGAGUCUGCGACCCUAGAGAAAUAGCAGAGGCCCAGGCGAUUUUCGCCCGGUGCAGCGACACUGUGGCGCACUUGCAGUGUCCACACUGCGGUCGGACAUUUGGGCGAGAAGAAUCUCUUGAGAAGCAUGCUAGUGUAUGCCAGAGAAUGUUUCGCAACGGCGGGGGUGUCUUGAGGAAGGGAGGAGGCCUCUGUGCCUCUCAGGGGGCUGCUUGUAGACUUAGACGAAACGGGGGAGGGACGGGAGCGGGAAUGCAUGCUGUAGACCGUUUACGGUCCAACCGAGACAUAAACCGGACGACCUGGGGAAGCAACCAGAGAGACGGAAUGCAAUGGGCGGCAUCAGCAAAAUCACGCGUUGCAGCUAUGAAAAGUAUCAGGACAGGAACUAUUACAGGACGGACCCAAAACUCCUAG